AUGGCCUUGAGUAAAAUGGAGGAUUUUAAAUUUGAUGGAAAAGAGCGCAUACCUGUCGACUAUGUGAAGGGGAUAAUGCAACCCAUACCUACCUGUAACAUCUGGGACCAGAUCUGGAACUUCCAAGCCAAGUCUGAUGAUCUGCUUAUUGCCACCUAUCCUAAAGCAGGAACAACAUGGACUCAGGAGAUAGUGGACUUAAUACAAAAUGAAGGUGAUGUUGACAAAAGUCAACGAGCACCUACUUACAUACGAUUUCCUUUCAUCGAAUGGAUAGUCCCAUCCAUGAGAUCUGGUUUGGAACAAGCUAAGCAAAUGCCCUCACCACGGACCCUGAAAACACAUCUUCCCAUCCAAUUGCUGCCACCAUCCUUCCUAGAGAAAAACUGUAAGAUAAUCUAUGUAGCAAGAAAUCCAAAGGACAAUAUGGUGUCUUAUUACCAUUUCCAAAGAAUGAAUAAAGCUCUUCCUGCUCCAGGAACCUGGGAAGAGUAUUUUGAGAGUUUUCUGGCUGGGAAAGUGUGUUGGGGAUCAUGGCAUGACCAUGUGAAAGGAUGGUGGAAAGCCAAAGAUCAACACCGCAUUGUCUACCUCUUCUAUGAGGACCUGAAGAAGAAUCCAAAGCAGGAAAUUCAGAAGCUGGCAGAAUUUAUUGGAAAAAACCUAGAUCAUGAAGUUCUAGAUAAAAUUCUCCAUCACACUUCAUUUGAUGUUAUGAAGCAGAAUUCAAUGGCAAACUAUUCAUCAAUUCCUACUGAAAUCAUGAACCACUCUGUUUCUCCAUUCAUGAGAAAAGGGACAGUUGGAGACUGGAAAAAUCACUUUACUGUGGCUCAGAAUGAGAGAUUUGAUGAAGACUACAAGAAGAAAAUGGCUGAUUCCAGUCUAACUUUCCACUUCCAAUUCUCAUAA